AUGUUUUCAUUAAAUAAUGUCUUUUAUGUCCAAGCUGGACUUGGAACCCUAGCCAAUAUAUUUCUUCUUUUUUUCUACACUAUCAUAAUCCUAUGUCACAGAUCUAAGCCCAUGGACUUGAUCUCCUGUCAAUUGACCUUCGUUCACAUAAUUAUGGUCAUUACUGGAUGGGAUAUUUUUACUACAGACAUGUUUGAUUUACUGAACAUUGAAAAUGACUUCAUAUGUAAGGCAACUUCUUACUUAAACAGGGUGAUGAGAGGCAUCUCUAUCUGCAUCACCUGCCUCCUGAGUGUGUUCCAGGCUGUGACGAUCAGUCCCAAUACCUCUUUGUUGGCAAAAUUUAAAUAUAAAUUUAAAAAAUACAUGAUCUCUUCUUUCUUCUAUUUUUGGUCUUUCAAUUUGUCAUUCAGCAUUAACAGGAUCUUCUAUACUGGUGCUUAUACAAAUGUGAGUGAGACCAACCAGUUGAAGGUCACUAAAUACUGCUCACUCUUCCCCAUGGACUAUAUCAUCAAGGGAUUGAUUUCAACAAUGACAGCCUUAAGAGAUGUAUUUCUUGUAGGAGUCAUGCUGACCACAAGUGCAUACAUGAUAAUUAUCUUGUUCAGACAUCAGAGGCAAUGCAUGCAUCUUCAUAGCGACAGCCACUUGAGAGCCUCCCCUGAGAAAAGGGCCACCCACAUCAUCUUGCUGCUGGUGUUUUUCUAUGUGGUCAUGUACUGGAUAGACUUCAUCAUGUCAUCCAGAACAGUCCUUUUAUGGAUGUACGACCCAGUCUUGUUGACUGUUCAGAAGUUUGUGAUAAAUGCCUAUCCCACAAUUACUCCUUUGAUACAAAUCAGUUCUGAUAACCGAAUAAACAUUAUGAUAAAAAAUAUGCAAAAAGUAUGCCACCAGAUAUUUUUUAAAGUUUAA